GGAGGGAAAAUCAUGGGGAGUACCCCCACCCCUUUCCCGGGCGCGUCCUCUCGGCUGAAAGAAGUGCAGACAGAUCCCAGGGAUCUGAAGUGUGGGGGCGGCUGGCCGGAGGCGGGGGGUGGGGGGCUCGUCCGGCCUUACGCCCCAGAUUCGGGCUCGAGUUGGAGAAGGGAGCGAACGACGUUUGGGGCCAUGGCCUAGGUCCCUGGACUCCGGCUCCGGCCGCAAUGACCUCUUUGCCCUGCCCCCUCCCUGGCCGGGACGCCUCCAAAACCGUCUUCCCGGACCUCGCCCCCCUCCCGUCGUCGGUGGCAGCUGCCUACCCGCUUGGCUUCCCGCCCGCAACCACAGCCUCCCCCGACUUGUCCUACUCCGGACUCUAUGGCAACCUUCUGUCUUACCCCUGCCCCCGGCCGGCGACCCCCGCAGACUCCUACCUUCCCUGCCUGCAGCCCGCGGCGCCCGCUCAGCCGCUCUGCGGCCCCGCCGAGCACCCGCGUGAUCAGGAGGCAGGCUCAGAGAAGCCACCGCUGCCGCCCCCUUCCCUGGAGCCCUCGGAGAGGAGCCGGCAGGCCAAGAAACUGCGCAAGCCCAGGACCAUCUACUCGAGUCUGCAGCUGCAGCACCUGAACCAGCACUUUCAGCACACGCAGUACCUGGCGCUGCCCGAGAGGGCCCAGCUGGCGGCACAGCUCGGCCUCACACAGACCCAGGUCAAGAUCUGGUUUCAGAACAAACGUUCCAAAUACAAGAAACUCUUGAAGCAGAACUUUGGUGGGCAAGAAGGAGACUUCCCAGGGAGACCCUCCUCCCUGUCUCCCUGCUCCCCACCUCUUCCAUCCCUCUGGGAUAUGCCCAAGGCAGGAGCCCUGCCCACUGCUGCCAGUGGCUAUGGCAACAGCUUCGAAGCUUGGUGUCAGCAUCAUGCCUCAGAUGUCCUGACUCUGCCCCAGAUGCUGUGAGUUGGGAAAGGUGGGUCA